CAAAUUGUCAACCAUAAUGCAUUGCGCAUAAAUGGCCGCCAUGUUGCUGCCGUCUGAAAGAUGUUCGCAACUGUGUGUGUUUACUAAUGAAUUUUAAGGACUUUAAUAGUUAAAUUACUGUGUUUGUGAAAUUGUGAGUGUACAAUGAUUUUCUAUUUCAUACAUUGUUGUGAUUGAAUAGUCUGUCAAAUGUCUCUGAAGCCAAUAAACAGUGAAAUUUCCUUUAGAUAGUCAUUCGGUUCGGACGGCAUAAUGGCUGACAAUCUGAUUCAAAAGUCACAUAAAACUAGUGAGAAAAACAAGUAUAACAACGUCGUACACCGAACAACGAGCGAAUCUCUUCGGCUGAACGAGUCGGAGAAGGGAGUGACUCACCCGACAAGUCUUCAGGCCGCCCAUAACCCAAGGAAAAUAUCUUCAUUUCAGAUCACCAGUGUGACGGUCGGCUCGCGAGUGAGCACCGAUGCAGGCGAGGACUCCGCCGACGAUCUAGAUGAAUCUCACACCGACGACAUAUCGAGAGUGACAGACAUUGAGAAUGAAACACCGAGUUUCUCAGAGGACACGUUCUCUAAGGACGACGUGUUCUACAACGCGUCGAGCGCAUCUCUAGGCUGCGCGCCCGUCAUUCCGACCAGCUCGCAGUACGGGCUCGCCAUCGUCGGCCAGGACAACGCCAACAGCCAGCCAGGGGGAGCAGUGCCAAAUAGUAAUAAUACUGAAGUGAAUGACAUGCACGUGAGCGUCACCAACGCCGGCGCCGGCAGCAUCAUCAAUCUCAUUGGAAAUGCGAAACCGCAAGAAGGUAUGAAAGAAAUACAAGAACAUGUCAGAAACGAAAGGUUUAAAGUCGUCAAAAUCGAGAGCACGGAGCCGUUCCGCAGAGGCAGAUGGAUGUGCAUGGACUACCUGGACCACACCACUCAGCAGAAUGCGCCCAUCACGCUCAACAAUAAUUUGGAUGUGUCUGACACCACAACGCUGCAGGCUCCUGACAGCGGUGUAGUGAUUAACGAUAGUCAACAUGAGGAAGUGUCUAAUGAUCUGACAAAUAAAGUGCCCAAAGAUCUUCAAGGUAAUGCACCUACUGUACAACAAUUGGAGCAAGCCCUGCAAAAGCAGUUUCCGAUGGCAUCUCCUGGGCAAUCUUUGACGCAGCCUAUUAAUGUAGUCCAGCAACAAAUGCCUGUGUCCCAGUCAGUGUCGGUGCAGUCACCCCCUCUAGAAAUGCCUCAACAAAUGCCAAAUCAAAAUAUGCAGACAAGUCAGCAAGUGGGCCAGCAACACCCACAGAGCAUGACUCACAUCUCAAUGCAGAAUGCUCCACAAACUCAUCCGCAGCCUCCGCAGCAGCAGCAAGUGCAACAAAUUCCUCAGAGUUUUCCGCAACAUCAGUUGCAACAAGUCAUAGCUCAGUCACAGGGAAUCGCUAUGCAGCAAAUUCCUAUGCACCAGCAAAUGCCACAGCAAAUGCAACAGAUGCCCAACCAGCAAAUGCAGCAGAUGGGCCAGCACAUUCCCCAGGCUCAAAUAUCUAACAUGCAACAGAUGCAACAACAGAUGCCUCAGAUGCAGCCCAUGCCGAACCAAGGGCAGAUCCCUCAAGUGGCGAGUCAACAACCCCAGUUGCAACAGAUGCAGAUGCAACAGAUGCAGGGACAACCAAACCCUCAGCAAUUACACAUGCAACAAGCACAGAUACCCAGCAUGGGACAGAGCCACCAUUUGCAAAGUCAGCAGUCGAUUGGAGCCCAACAAGCUCAGCUGCAGCAUUUACCCAGCCAGGCUCAAAUACAAGCUCUGCAAAAUCAACAGCUUCCCAACCAUAUACAGCAAAUGCAAAUACCUCCGCAGUUGGCUAGUGCUAAUCAGCAGAUACCACAGAUGCAAACUCAAAUGCACCAGCUGCCAUCUCAGCCACAACAAUCUGUAGUGCCCGGCAUGCACCCUCAGAUGCAACAGCAAGGAAUGUCAGGGGUACAACAGCAAUACAAUCAAGCUGUCAGCCAGCAGCCUAGUGCUCAGCCCAUGAUAAGUACAAGCAUGGCCUCUUCUCAGCAGCAGAUGGUUCCUUCGCAGCAUACGGUCCCUCAGUACCACACUCAACAGUCACAGAUGAGCCAACAGGGCCAAACAUUGCCACAAGAGGUGCUCUCAAGUAUUGUCACAUCACAGCAAGGUGCAACUCUUCCCACUAACCUCCAGCCGAUGGCCACUCAACCCCAGGGCUCUACUUUGCCCGCGAAUCUCCAAAGCCUCGCUGGACAGCAACAGGCGACGACCGUGCACACCAUGGCUCCUCAGCAGGGGAGCGUGCCUCAAGGGAACUUGCAGAUGAUGACCACGGCGCCUCAGAAUAUGCAGAUGACUCUGGACGGGAAUCAGCCGAGUAUGCAGAUACCCGUCUCAGAUCCUAUAUUCAUGCAGCCGACGAACGUGGGACAACAGAUGCCGGUCGGGCAGCACAUGCCGCAGCAGAACAUGUUGCCGCAGCAGGUGGGUGGGCAGGCGCAGAUGGGCGGCGUGCAAUAUGUGCCCAACCAGCCCGUGUCGAUGGCGCACCAGAACAUUCCGAUGUCGAUGCAGCCGAGCAUGCCGGUGGGGAUGGGUGGCGCGGUGCACCCGAACGUGGUGCAGUCUCAGAGCAGCAUGGGGCUCGGGUACGGCGGCGUGGUGCCGGUCGAGGCGGCGGUGUCGGGCACCAACUCGCCGGUGGUGUCGUUGCCGGUGAGCUCCACCGCAUACGUGGCGAGCGCGCCGCAGCCGGGACACGAUAGCCAGGGCUUCGGCAGCCCCGUGAGUGCAGUGGUGCACGCGGUCAGUGGCGCUGUCAUGAGCAAUGUGAAUGUGAGUGCGUGUGAUAGUGGUGCUGGCGAGGUGACUGCCGACGCGCUGCAGGCGGGCGACACCGGCGACGGCAAGGAGGACCUCCAGCCACAACCCACCGCCGAUGAUGAAAGCAUCAGCGGGCUGGCGCUGGCACUGGGCGGCAGCGGCACCGGCAGCCCGUCGGCCGCGGCGGAGUCCCGCGACAACACCACCGCCUCGUCCCGCGCGCCGUCGCCGCCGCCCGCCGACAGGCAGCAACACUCCAGCGCAUCGGGCACUAGCGCGGUGGCCAUCGACAACAAGAUCGAGCAAGCUAUGGAUCUGGUUAAGAGCCACUUGAUGUUCGCGGUGCGCGAGGAAGUGGAAGUGCUGAAGGAGCGCAUCGCCGAACUGAUGGAGAGGAUCAACCAGCUGGAGGUGGAGAACACAUACCUGCGCGCGCACGCCAGCCAGGACACGCUCGCGCAGCUGCCCGCGGCGGGCAGCAAGCCGGCCGCGCAGGCGCAGGGCCCGCCGCCGCCCGUGUCGUAGGCCUGCAUGAGCCGCACGCUGGACCCGCUCCCGGGACACACUAUGGCUGUGCUAUGUUAAUGCGUAGGUUAACACGGAGUGGCACCGGUCGAGCGCCGAGGGUCGCGCCGAGUGCCCAGUAGCCUGCAACAGUACGCGGUGGCGCACCGGUGCCCACCGGUGGCGCAUCAGUACCGCACCGGUACUGCACCGGUAGCGCAUCGGUAGCGCACCGCAGCGCCGCGACGGCGCCUACUCUACUCUAUCACGCUUCGGAUACGUAGGAUUAUAUAUUUGCCGUGGUUAAUAUUUAGGGUGCAGAAUUUCGUGCUAACUGCCAUGCUUUUGCUACGCGUCUCUGCAACGAGUCUUAGUGUUUCGAUGUACGCAGUUUAUUUCCGUUCGGUUUAAAGUUUAAGUGUCGCUACCCGCGUAAUGUAUUCCAUUUAAGGUAACUCGUAAGAUGUGUGUUUGUACUAAAUGUAACGAAAUAGUUAAAUAUUCCUACGCAUUGAAGGACUGUGUGUUAAUUUAUUUCUUAUAUACAUGUAUUGUUUUUGUAAUUGUAACUAUUAAGUUAUUUAUGACAUUUUAGCAGUGUUUACGUUAUAUCGUGAAGUGAUUGUCACUCGCCGGUCUCGAGUCGCCGGACCGGACUAAUGUAAACCGUAGUGUGGAGUGUUUUCAUUUAGUUGAUACAUUAAUAAUGUUUAUGUGCACGGUGCACGCCCGCUCGCCCUCAUGGGGGUGAAUGAGUGCGCGUGCGCAUGUGUGUGCGAGUGUGUGACGUGUGGAGUGACCGAGCGCGAGUGGUUCGUUGUAGGUUAGAGUCGUUGCGAGAGAGUACACUCGUGCGAACGCUGGCUUUAGUGGAUUUUGCACACUGAAACUGAUAUAAAAGAUUUUUAUUCCAACCCUAUAUCGGUAAAUAGAGGUUAUAUAGCAAUUUAACAUUGUAUUUUUUUAAUAAUUAAAUUGUUUGUAUAUAGUACAAGUGUUGAUAGUGGCGCGCGUAGGAACGAUGUAUAUAAUGAGAGUAUGUGAUGAAAGGACCAGAUUCCGUUAGUGUCUGCCUUCGAGAGGAUUGAAUCCCUGAGAAACUUUAUUAUAUCUAAAAUGUAUAAGUUAAUAUUCGCUGUAUUUAAUGUAGCUACGUUGUUUAACUGUAAACAGCAGAACAAAGUGCGCUGAUGACUGACCGUUGGAUUGUGUUACUGUGAGUGCGGACCGAGCACAGCCGCGUGCCGUCACGGGUCCGGCGCGGAUCCGUCACGGCACAGACACGGCACGACAUGGAACGGUCACGGACCGCCCGCCAGUCUUCGCUCGCAGUCUAAUAGAUAAUACUUAGUGUUUUGUACAAGGCUACUAAAUGAAAUAUGUGUAUAGAUGAGUUUCAUUAGCUCUUCGUGGUUAUUGUGAAUAUACAGUAAUUUACUCCUAAAGCAUUACCCUAGUUCUAGAUUAUACGAACUAUAUGAUAUAAUACUGAAAAUUGUAAAUAUAUUGUAAACAGAAAAGUCCAUUGUAGCUUAUGUUGACCACAAAGGUUCCUCAUACCCAAUAAAUGCAAAACUACUCAAAA